AUGAAGAAGUUUUUGCAAUUAGAACAAAACAACGUUGAUAUCAUCAGUGCAGUGCUUCUAAACUUCUCUAUGUCGCAGAGAUUUUACAUCCAUGAUGAAGAUUCCAUUGAAAUUUUAAUAGAUUUGAUUUCAUAUCUGAAUAUCUCAAAAGUUGAUCACAUUUCGUCAGAUAAGUUCAAUGAUUUCGUACUUUCACUGAUAGAAAACCACUUCUUGAUAAGAAAUCCUCAACUUUUGGAGAAAUAUUUAAUAGAAAUUUUGAAAUUAAUCGAAAAAACACAGAUUUUAACAGAUUUUACACAAAUAAUGGCUACAGUAUCAUCAAAUCUGCAUCCAUUAUCUGAUAAUUUCAUUGAUUUUUACUUGAAUUAUUCAAAUUUGGAAAAUUUAACACAGAAAUCGGCCAUUCAUGUAACAUUUCUAAUUAUUGAGCUAGUUAAAGACGGAAACUUCGACAGGGCAAAGCCAAUUCUUAGUAGUUUGCAUGAUAAUUAUGAAAUUUUCCAAAUUUUAGUGAAAGAUUACAAAUUAGACAUCAACAUCCUUGAGUUAAUCACUCCACAGAACCAAACAGAGAUAUUAAACAUCUUAGAAAUGAUUUCCAGAAACUAUUGCUCAAUAAUUUUUGUCCAAAAACUGAUUUGUUACUUGAAACAAGACAACAAUGGUAUAAACAGGGAUCUUAUAUAUGAAUUCAUGUUCAAACACCUUAUUAAGUCAAAUAAAACCCCAAAUUUCGGAAAUUAUUUGACAGAAAACCAGAAGAAACAUCAAAUUCCAGUUACAGAAGGCAUCACAUUCAUAUGUUACAUCUAUUUCGACCAAAAUGAUGAAGAAUCAGAGCAAAUUCCUGUGAUUUUGGAAAUUAAUUUUGAAAAUUUUUCUCCAAUGAAAGUUUUGAUCGAAAGAAACAGUAUUUUGUUCGAGGACACAAACAGACAGUAUUCAAUCCACGACAAAUUCAUUAAAAAUAAUUGGAAUUUCUUUAGUUUGUCAAUUUCUCAAAAAGGUGACACAAAUUUGACACUAAAUGAUGAAACGAUUUGUUUUAUGACUUCUGAGAUAAAAGAGACGAUGACUGUUACUGUUGGCAGUAAAAUGAUUGAGAAUAGUGUUCAAUCAAAACAUUUGUUGAGUAAUUACUUGAUUUCCAAUUUAAUUUCUCAGCAAAACAUUGAAAAAAUCAAAGAAAAAGAUUUCAGAUUUUUGAGUGAAAUCAAAAACUUUUUCGUUUUCGAAGAAUCGAAAGAAAUCUCUUUCUCAAAACAAAACUUUUCUUCUGUACUCGUCAAUCAGUGCAGAUUUGACUUGUGUUUCAACUUGUUUAACUCUUGGAAAAUAGAAAAUAAAGAAGAAAAAGAAAAUCAAAAUGAUAAGAAAGAAAUAUCUGAAAAAGAAGAAAAUAAUGAAAAGAAUUCUUAUGAAAACAAUGAAAAUGAAGGAAAUCAAAAUGAAAAUCAUAACGAAAAAGCAAGAAAAGAAAGUGAUGAUGAAAAUCAAACUGAAAAGAAGGAAAUUUCUGAAAAAGAAGAAAAUAAUGAAGCAAAUUCUAAUGAGAACAAAUAUGAUAAAAAAGAAAGUGAAGAGAGACAAAAAGAAACAGAAGAAAAUGAAGUGAAAAACGACUCAGUUGUUAUUAAAAAUAAUAAAGAAGAAUCUGAAAGAGAAAAUAUGAACAAGAAUGAAGAAGAAAAAGAGAAAAGUAAAGAAAAUGACAAAGAAGAAAAUGUUAAGAAUCAACAAAAUGAAGAAGAAAAUCAACAGUAUCGAGUCCAAGAAGAAAGAAAUAAACAAAAUGAGUUAAACAACAAUGAAACAAAUAAAAACAGUAGUAAUAAAAAUAAAGAAAAUGAUCCAACAAAUUUAGAUAUAAAUUUACAAAUUGAAGAAAAUCAAAUAAAAAUGAAUGAAGAUUUGUAUGAAAAAGUUCUUUGUCUUUUAGAACUGAUGUUGAAUUACAACCAGAAAUCAGAGUUAAUUUUCCUAAAAAGAGAUGGAUUCCACAUCAUUUUCUACUUAAUUACAAAUGGACCGACUGAAUUCAUCACAUUCAAACUCUACAAGAAAUUUUACGAAAUUUAUUUGAACUUGACGCAAACAGAACUAAAAAAUCAGAUGAUGAAUGAAAUUCUGCUGAAUUCAACAAUUUGGUCAAAAUCAAGAAGCGAAGACCAACUCCAAGUCUACAUACACUGGGCAAAUGAACUAAUUCCUACUCAUUAUUCUUCAAUUGCUAAAAUUAAACCAUUUAAACGGUUUUUGUGUCAAAUUUCUUUACAUUACAAUUUAUAUUCACAACUACACAAUUUUAGACCAGAAAUAUCAUUAAAGCAGGAAGAAAUACCAAUGGAAGAGUUCAGAUCAUUAUUUAUGACAAUUCUUACAUUGAUUGCACAAAACCAAUUCUCUUUAAACAAUUUCAAAUUAAUGAUUUCGUUUUGUCAAUCAAAUCCUGACAGAGAAUUUUCCAAAUUCGUGUUAGUGUGUUUGAAUAAUAUUAUACACACUAAUCCAUGUCCUGUUUCUGAGUUUGCAAACCAAACUAUUGAUUUAUUGAUGACUUUAUCAAAAAUUUCUGAUUUUGCUCCAUUGGUUUUGGAAAUUUUUAUUUUUUUGACAUGUAACAAAAUAAUUUUACAUGACAAAAAGGAUAUUUUAAUUUAUUUUGCAAAGAAUUUUGAGUGCAUAACAAUGGAAGAACUGAAAAUAUACAUAGACAUGAUGAAGACAGACUAUUCCUUAUUAAUUAUUUGUUGUGUUGCAGCGAAAAAAAUUGGAAAAAUUGAAGCAAUUGAAUUAUUAUUCUCAGGAAUUUAUCCUUCUAAGGAAUUUGCAGCUGAAAAAUGUUGGUUUAUUUAUCCUUUAUUCAUUUUACAUUUGACAAACUCUUAUACAAGACAAUUACUAUUGAGGUUCUUAGUUUUGUGUGAUCCUUUACAAUGGAAAAUGAUAUUUACAAUGAUCGAUUUCCUCUCAAUUAAUUGUAAUGCAAAAAGUGAAUUUUUGAAUGCGAUUAUUACUUAUAUUUCUUCAGGAGAUAUUUUGUUGACAGAAGAUAUUUCAAAAAUUUUCAUUGAUUUGUUCAAAAAUUAUGUAUUCUUUAAUUCAGAAAAUAAGGUUAUGUUGUCACUUUUUAUGUCAUCUCCUUUUGUAACUCCUGAUAUUUUUGAGCAGUUCGAGAUGAAACAAACUGUUAAUAAUACCGCGAAUUUCUCUGAUUUAUUGAAUUUUAUUGAAAAAAUUCAAUUGAAACAGCAAAAAGUGACAUUUCAAUUGAAUUUAGAUUCCAAUGGAGAAUGGAUUGAUGCACAUUUAUGCUUUAAUAGUCUUAGUGUAUUAGAGAGAAUGCAAUGCGACGAUUUGUUUUAUAUUAUUUGUUAUUUUUUGUUGAGUUCGAAAUUCAAAAAUUUCGAAUUAUAUGUUGAAAACAUUUUCUCGAAAAAUGACUCGAGAAACAAAAAGAAUUUCGAAAGAUUCUUAAUGUUUAAGAUGUAUUUAUUAACAAAAUCAAAUGAUUAUCAAUGUUUUGUUAAUGAUUUCAUUUGUUUUGAGAAUUUUUCGAAAGAUUUUUCUUUUGAUUUUCAAAAUAUAAACGAAAUCAAAAGUUAUUUCGAAAAUGGAAUCAAAUACAACAUGGAAUACCAUGAUUUAUCAGCCCUCUGGGCUCUUUCUGUUGAAGGAGAACUACACAUGAUGAAAUCUGAUUUGUACAAAGGAAGAAAAUCAUGGAAAAUCGUCGAAAAUUUUGUUUCUUCUUCAUCUUUGACAUGGAAAACUAAUGAAAAGAAACACUACAGAAGAGAUGAAACAGGAUGUUACUCAACAUGCCCUUUCAAACUCAAAGUUAACCAUAAUUUCGAUGACCACAAAGAUGCAGAAAAUUUAAACAAAGAAAUUGAAUUGUUUUCUCAAAAAAGUGACACAAAAAAGGUCGAAAACUUCGAUCGAAUUAAUUCUUCAUUAUUUAGACCUUCUUUGUGUUCAUUCCAAAUCAAAUGGAUCACUAUUUCAAAACAAAAAACUGCUGAAGUCAAAAUUUACGAAAAAGAAUUUUAUGUCAAUUUUCCAACCGGAAAAAGUCAAAAAAUACGUUACGACAUAAUUGGAUUGAUCAGACACACGACUUACUUGCAUCAUUUCGAUUCAGCUUUGUUGUCUUUGAUCAAUGGAAAAACGUAUUUUUUGAGAUUUCGCAGUGAAUCAGAAAGAAAUAAAUUUUCAAACGAAAUCGAAAAAAUAAAAAGUGACAUAAAUAUUUCAAGAAAAAUGAUCGUUGAAGAUAACGAUCAAUUUCUUCAGAAAUGGGUGAAAGGCGAGCUUUCUAAUUUCUCGUAUUUGAUCUACUUGAAUUUAGUUUCUGGUCGAACAUUCCGUUGUUCAAAUCAAUACCCAAUUUUCCCUUGGACUUUGACCGAUUAUAAAAGUGACAAGCUUAAUUUAAAUGACGAAAAUGUCUACAGGGAUUUAACGAAACCCAUUGGUGCAUUGAACGAAAACAGACUUAAAAUGCUUAAGAAACUAAUGGAAUGUUUGAAAACAAAUGACCAAAAGUAUUAUUUAUAUUCUAAUGGACCGAAUUGUCCAUUGACUUUAUUCCUUUUAUUAGUUAGAGUUGAACCAUUUACUUCUUUACACAUUGACAUUCAGGAUGGAAAAUUUGAUACAGCUGAAAGACAGUUCAAAUCAAUAGAACAACUCUUUGAAAAUGUUUCUAAUGAUAUGAAUGAUUUCAGAGAAUUAAUUCCUGAGUUCUUUUUCUAUCUAGAUUUCCUUCUCAACAAAGAUAAAUUUAAUUUAGGUUUGGAAAACGAAGGAAAUGUUUUGCUUCCAAAAUGGUCAAAUAAUUCUCCUUUUGAAUUCGUUUAUAAAAUGAGGAAAUCUCUUGAGUCUGAUUUCGUUUCUAAGAACUUAAAUCAUUGGAUUGAUUUGAUGUUCGGUUAUAAACAAAAAGGUGACGAAGUGGUUUUGUCAGAUAACAUUUUCAAUCCAGAUUUAUAUGACAAUGUUUGGGACCAAAAAAAUCUGACAAAAGAACAGAUAAAUACAUUGGAAUUGGGAUUGAAACACCUCGGUCAAAUGCCUGCUCAAAUAUUUGACAAACCUCAUCCACCAAAAAGUGACAAUUUGACACAACCAACUGUCAAAACCAGAAUUUUAAGAUUUACGAAAAAAGUUGUUGAAAAAGGCAAAAUUUUCGAAGAUUUUGUGAGUAUUUGUACAGAAAAACAAAUUAUCUUUGCAUGUAUUUCAUCACAAGAUAUGAUGAGGGUACCAAAACAAGGAGAAAUUGUUGGUUUUGGCGACAAAUGCGUUGUUAACGAGAAUGGUUUCGUUUUUUACGUUGACAAAACAAUUAAUUUGAAUUCAAAAGUUGUUUAUUUCAAUUUUUGCCAAAUUUACAUGGCAAUUAUUGGCGACGAUAACAUUGUAAGGAUUCUUCAACCCAAUUUUGAUGGAUCUAAUUCAUUUCCUUAUUACAAUGGAGAUGCGAUUGGUGUCGAAAUCUCAGUUUCUUUCCAUUCUGUUUUAGUUUACUCAAAAAGAAACAUUUGUUUGUAUUCUUUAUCAGGAAAUACAGAUGUUCUUUCGUUGGAUUUCGAUGUAGAUAUAUCCAAGGUGAAGAUUACAAGUGGAUGGGGAUUUAUUGUUAUUUUAACCGAAGAUGACGAAAUUUUCCUUUACACAAUUAAUGGAGAUUUUGUAAAAAAGUGUCAUUUAAACGAAAAAGUGACAUCUCUAGAAACAUAUACAACAUCGAAAGGAUUCGAUUACAUUGUGCUCGGGUGCAAGAACGGUGUAAUUUUAGAGUCUGACACUAUCGAAUUGACUUUUGAUAAGAAAAUUUUCUGUUUGAACGAUGAAAUAAUUGAUGCGGUUAUUUCAAUGAGAGGUUCCUGUUACAAUGUGUUAAUUAAGUCAGGAUCUCUUUAUAUAUUACCUAGAAAAACUAUAGAUUGUAUUUAA